UAAUUGCAUAUUUUUAUACCAAAUAUUGAUUAUACGCGAGAUAAUCAUAAAGUGUUAAAAUUGUGAUGCAAAUAGAAAAUUAUUAGUAUUUACUUCAAGAACAUUUUGGUGUUUAUGCACAACAUUAACAUAAUAAAAACAUGUAAAAGUUGGCUAAAACUAAUUUCGUAAACUAUAUGUAAUGUAAUCGAAAAGUAACUAGUCGAAUGAAUUGAAAUAAUAAACCCGUGAUACCGCGGAGUGAUUAACGGAAAUGCGUAACAGACGUCCUUAACAAACUUAAAAACAAACUCUUACAUAUUGGAAAUUAAUAAUGUGCUAGUGUAAAUAAGUGAACGACAUGUUAAAAAAGCGGUAACGCAACGUGUUCAUGAAGUACUGAAUGAAAACAAAAAAACUAAAAGUAUUCGAGAAAUGGUUAUACACGAAUAAUUUAACGAAAUAUGAAAUAUCAUACAAUCAAUAACCAUGAAAGGACUGUAAAAAAUAUAAUUCCAGUUGAAGAGAAAUUUUUUAAAAUUAAUAAAAACAAACGGAGACGACUCGUGUGUCUUAUGUUUUGAAAACAACAUGCAACACUUACCGAAUUCGCUAUAUGGUUUCGCAAUUUCACUCUUUGUAUUUUGGUGUGGAACUUGGUGUGUUCACCUUUUGGCCAUUUGCUAUGGCAAAUUUAAACUCCACAAGAAGUCAUGUAAAUGUCACAAUGAAACUCCUUUACCAGCAGUUUCUAUAUUGAAACCACUAAUGGGCAUCGAUCCGAACUUGGAACACAACCUUGAAUCAUUUUUUACAAUGGAUUAUCCAGUGUAUGAGUUAUUAUUUUGUAUUGAAGAUAGUGUGGACCCAGCUAUAAGUACGGUACAAAGUUUAAUGACAAAGUAUCCGCAAGUGGACGCCACUUUAUAUAUGGGCGGCUCAAAGGUUGGUGUUAAUCCGAAAAUUAAUAAUAUGCAGCCUGGUUACACGGCCGCCAAGUAUGAACUGAUCAUGAUAUCGGACAGUGGUAUUAAAAUGAAGAACGAUACACUCAUAGAUAUGGUAAACAACAUGACAGAGAAAUAUGCGCUUGUGCAUCAAAUGCCGUUUACAUGUGAUCGCGAAGGAUUUGCCGCUACAUUUGAGAAGAUCUUCUUUGGUACUGUUCAAUCUCGAAUAUAUCUAUCCGCUGACUUAUUAGGUAUCAAUUGCCACACUGGCAUGUCAUGCUUGUUACGCAAAUCCGUAAUUGAUGAAGUCGGCGGUUUAAAAGCAUUUGGUUGUUAUUUAGCUGAAGAUUUCUUUAUUGCUAAGGCAAUUAGAGACAAAGGCUGGAAAAUGCGUAUCAGUAAUCAACCAGCAAUGCAAAAUAGCGGUAUUUGCGACAUAAGUAGUUUUCAAGAACGACUUAUACGUUGGGCGAAAUUACGCGUAGCUAUGGUGCCGACAACAAUACUGUUGGAACCGCUUUCUGAGUGCAUGGUAUUGGGUGCGCUGGCCUCAUGGUCGGCGGCGUUACUGUUCAAUUGGGAUCCGUUAGUAUUCUACUUGGUGCAUGUACUCACAUGGUUUCUAUCCGACUGGAUAUUACUGUCCAUUGUUCAGAAUGGUUCACUGUCGUUUCAUAAGUUUGAGUUUGUUGUUGGCUGGCUUUUCAGGGAGGUGAGUGGGCCUUAUCUGUUCCUACAUGCGCUUUGGAAUCCAGCAAUUAGGUGGCGGAGGCGCACUUACAAAUUGCAAUGGGGCGGCGUCGCGUAUGAGUUACCGUCAGGCAAUGCAAACAUGAGUACAAAACGUUUACUAGUAUCAUAGCAUAAAUUGACAAAGCAGAGAUAUAUACAUUUAAGUUUAAAGAUAGUUUUACUGUUAUUUGUUUUUGUUUAGGCAUAUUCAGUUAUUUUAUGAAUUAGGGUGUAUAUUUCUUUAAUUAAUCCUGUAUGCUAAGUAGUGUUCUUUAUAAGCAUAUGAAAACUAAUCGUAAGUGUCAUUAUAAUAUUUAAAGGUAACUUUAAUAAAUACUGAUAUAUUGAUAUGACUUAUGGGCGAUAUUUCGCCCACAACUGAUAUAAAUAUAUAUGAUUUUAUAAAAUACAAA